GAAGGGCUAGCACGAAUGGAAGUUGGGAUAAGUAACGAAUUUGGAUAAUCAUAACAAUGUUGUUGAAGUUUCAAACCUGAAGGUUGAGAGUAGGUAGGCUAUAUAAAUGCCUGCACAUGCAUGUCUUAGGAGUGUAUCAAACAUAUCAACCUAGCUUACAACUUGCUCCUCUCAAUCUCUCUGCCUUUGUUCACGUUCUCAAACCUUGAUAAAAAUCUCCAUCUCCGUCAAUGGAGAGUAUUGCAAAACAUAUUAUUCCGAGAUAUAAUUUUUUUACGGACAGUCCAAGAUCACCUCUUCAACCUCCCACGUAUGGCACUUUGAUCACUGUUCUUAGCAUUGAUGGAGGGGGUAUCAGAGGGUUAAUUCCUGGAACUAUACUUGCCUUUUUAGAGUCUCAACUUCAGAAGCUGGAUGGUGAGCAAGCGAGAUUGGCAGAUUAUUUUGAUGUCAUUGCUGGGACUAGCACUGGUGGUCUCGUGACCGGCAUGCUAACUACCCCAAAUCCGAAUGAGGGGAAUCGACCUCUUUUUGCUGCCAAAGAUAUCAAUGAUUUCUACCUUGAACACUGUCCUAAAAUCUUUCCCCAAGAUAGUUCUCCCUUUGCACCGGCUGCAAAUGUGGUCAAAUCUCUAAUGGGACCAAAAUAUGAUGGCAAAUAUCUGCAUAAUAUUGUGAGGGAGAAGUUGGGAGAAACUAGAUUGCACCAGACCCUGACAAAUGUUGUGAUCCCAACUUUUGAUAUCAAGCUACUCCAGCCAAAAAUCUUCUCCAGCUAUGAGGUAAAGAGUGAUCCUAGCAAAGAUGCUCUGCUCUCUGAUAUAUGCAUUGGAAGUUCUGCAGCUCCAACUUAUCUUCCUGCCCAUCAUUUUCAAACCCAAGAUCCCAAUGGUAAAACAAAAGAAUUCAAUCUUAUUGAUGGAGGAGUUGCUGCUAACAAUCCGACUUUAGUUGCUAUAAAUGAAGUGUCCAAGGAAAUCCUUCGAGGGAAUCCUGAAUUUUUCCCAAUAAAGCCAAAUGACUACGCUCGGUUCCUGGUUGUAUCUUUGGGGACUGGUUCACCAAAAGCUGAAGAGAAGUACCAUGCUACUAAUGCAGCCAAAUGGGGUAUUUUGGGAUGGUUGACCAGUGAACAUUCUACUCCCUUGGUGGAUAUUUUCAUGCAAGCAAGCAGUGACAUGGUCGACUUUCACAUUGCCACAGUUUUUCAAGCCCUUCAAUCUGAAAAAAGUUAUCUCCGAAUUCAGGAUGAUACACUCUCUGAGAAACUGUCAUCUGUGGAUAUUGCAACGAAGGAAAACUUGGAGAAUCUUGUCAAAGUUGGGGAAGAAUUGCUAAAAAAACCUGUUUCCAGAAUGAAUUUGGAGAAUGGUCAAUUUGAGCCAGCUGGUGAGGUAACAAAUGAAGAGGCUCUCAUCAGAUUAGCAGAAGUUCUUUCAAAGGAGAAGCGGCUUCGUGACAUGAGAUCACCGCAUGGAAACCUCGUUGCCACAAAGAAAAAUGAAGCAGGUGAUCAGAAUAAUACAACUACUAUAAUUUAAUCGGUUUAAAAAUUGAUGGCCUUCAAUAAAAUAAACAAAGGAACAGAGGUUAUGUAGAAUUGUUAGUAGCAACGACGAUCUCAGUUGACUGGUAGACAUUAAUCUGCAUCAAAACCCGUCUCAAUCAAGUCAAUAUGGUCAGAUGAAGACCAAUGGAGCACCAAUACAACUUAUGUUAUGCUCCUUCCAUUAUGGCAUUUUAUUCAAUUUGGUGUAAGCCAUCAAAAUGAUGAGUAAUUAGAAAUUGUUUCUUCCUCCUCUUUCAAUUCAAGGAAAUAAUCAGUUCGUUUGGUUUUCUUGGCUAAAAUGCAAUUAUUUUUCUUUUUUGUCAUGAUCCAAACGUUAUCAAAUUUCUUUCCUACUUAUCGUUAAUAGUAUAGUAGAUCAGGGCGCAUUACAAAGUUGAAUUU